AUGGCUCGUCACAAGUGCUGGAGUGGUUUCUGGGCAGGGCAUCAUGGACGGCCCAUUGCGGUUUGUGUGGGGUUGUUGCUGUGCAUUGCUUUGGGCUCCUUGAGGGCAUUUGUUGGUAUUCAAAAGCUGCAGCCAAGAAGGCCACGAGUUGCGGGCCAUGCUCAGCGGCGGAUAGUGAGAUGCCCAGGUUGCGGCCAGGCCCAGCGAAAGGACUGCGAUGGAAAUGGCCGCUUAAUGGGCGGCAUUGCGCAGGUCUUUGAUGAUUCGCCUGUGAAGGCAUACAGGGUUUGCCCGCGAUACAAAGGCAGAUACCAACGAAGGGGUCAGAAGUUUGAUACUUUAUUCGAUCCUGACGUGGAAGGCAAGGAGCGCAGCUCCCUUUUAGAGGUGCCCGCAACAUGGCGAUCCCUGACAAAGAUCCGGCUUCGUGAACUUCCAGAUGUGGCUUCCAAGCCGACAGGUGAAAGUCUUGGGCCCUAUGAGAGCUUUCAGGUGGAUGACGUCAUCCGGAAAGAUGGCCAGCAUUUUUUGAAGCUAGCCGGAAAGACAGGCUGGGCCUUUGAUCGAGGUGUAGUCGGAGCAUGGAAUGGCAAACCCAUUUGUGAGCGCUUGGGCUGA